AUGCCGCCAAAAGGGAAGGCCCCCGAGGCCAAAAAGUCCAAGGCCUCUGUCGAGGACAAGACCUUUGGAAUGAAGAACAAAAAGGGCGGCAGCGCAAAGAAACAAAUCGCACAGCUACAAGCACAGGCCAAAUCAAACAAGUCUCCCGAAGAGAAGCGGAAAGAAGCGCUGAAGGAGCAGAGGGCAAAGGAAAAGGCGGCCGCCGAAGCCGCCAAAGCGGAGACUGCAGAGUUGUUCAAACCCGUCCAGGUGCAAAAGGUGCCGUUUGGCGUGGAUCCCAAGACGGUGCUGUGCCAAUUCUUCAAGCAAGGCCACUGUGAAAAGGGGAAGAAAUGUAAAUUCAGUCACGAUCUCGAUGUGGGCAAGAAGGUGCAAAAGAAGGAUUUGUAUCAAGACACUCGGGACAAAGAGACCGAAGAAAAAGAAAAGGACAAGAUGGACGACUGGGACGAGGAGAAACUGCGCAAAGUCGUGCUGAGCAAGCACGGCAAUCCACGAACGACCACAGACAAGGUUUGCAAGUACUUUAUUCAAGCGGUCGAAGAUGGGAAGUACGGUUGGUUCUGGACAUGUCCCAACGGAGGCGACAAAUGCAUGUACCGACACAGCCUGCCACCUGGGUUUGUGUUGAAGACUAAGGAACAGAGACGGGCUGAGAAGGCCCUGAUGGACAAAUCGCCACUUGCCACACUAACGCUGGAGGACUUCCUCGAGUCCGAACGGCACAAGUUGACUGGUACUCUUACGCCAGUGACACCUGAGACAUUCGCUAAAUGGAAGAAAGAACGUAUGGACAAGAAAGCUGCGGAAGCACAGGCCCUCAAGGCCAAAGAAGCCACAGGCAGAGCCAUGUUCGAAAGCGGGAACUGGAAAGACUCCGAAGACGAGGACAGCGAAGAUGAUGACGACGACCAGGGCGCGUUCAACCUCGAUGCUCUGCGCAGAGAAACAGAAGGCUUGCGCAUGCAGAAGGAAAACGAGCGGCUGGCCAAUGGAAAUGGUGAAGCGGGUUCGGGUUCAGAGCGGUACGAUGACACCAACAGCAAUGCGGGCGGGUCUCCCGACGCUGAUGGAGAUACUGGAGACGGCGGUGGAAACGGCGAAAGCAGUGGUGGGCAGAGUUGA